AUGCAUAGCCAAGCAUCCUUAUGCAGAGCUCUCAGUAUAUUGAAGAAUAAUCUAAACCAAUUAAAUUUCUAGAAUUUUCUAAUCAGCCUUUUUUGGAUCAAUCAAAUUUUAACACCUAUAGAUAGUCUGAAGUGCUCGAAAGACUUAAUUAAGCGCAAAAAAGUUAUUUAAUAUAUGAUAAUUUAGAUAGAGAAUCCAUACAGAUUAAGUUGGGCUAACUUAAUUUUACAUAAACACUAUAGCAUUGAAAUUGUUGAAUCUGGAUAUAGAAUUAGAAUUAAGAAAUUGCAAGCCACUGAAGGAACAUCCAUCUUAAACAUUAACAUCUCAUUUACUAGCCGUAUAGGUAUCAAAAUAAAGAGAGAAAAGGCAAUUUCAUACUAAUGUUACUCAUUAUUCUAAAAAUAAUUUAGAAAAAUUCUUUAAACAAAAAAGAAAAUAUCAUAUGUCUACAUUAAUAGAAAACUAUAGUUCUAAUAGGCAAAAUUCAUUAAGUAAAUAAACAGAAGAGAAUGA